AUGGAGGAAACUGAAUAUAUGUGCAUAGAUCUACUUCGUCCAGUAUUCUAUCCUGUUUCCUCAAAGAUGAAGGUUAGUACUAGAGAUGUAUUGGGUCUGGUAAAGAUCUGCUCUGACAAAAUCGUCCUGGAUUCAAGCAUGUGUCAAUCUGCUAGGUUUCUGCUUCCUCAAACCCUGAUAGAGACCCUCUUUCAAACUGCAUUAGAGCAGGGUCGUGAUAGAGCUGUUCAUCAGCUACUAAGAGGCUGGUCAGGUUCUAACCUUGUCCUUUCUCAACUUCUUCCGGGACUUUAUAAUAACCAGGAACUUUUUCACAGUUACACCGAGAAGAGACAAUGUGUGAAGAGAGCGCACAGGACUGUAACCUUUCUACUUUCUGCACUUCAGGAUUUUGUUCCUAACAGUCUUGUAGAACUUGAUUUAACCGGGUUCCCCUCUGUAUCCUCAGCCUCUCUUUCACCAGACUCUUCCUAUGCCAAGACAAUUAAAAACCUGAGAUGUAAGGAAAUAAAUGUCAUUGAGGAUCAAACUCAUUUUGAUACCAAAGAGUCGACCUGGAAAAAUACCAUUGUUUUUCUGUUUGAUGGAAAGGAGGAACAUCCACUAAAUCUCGGAGGUGGAAAUAGUUGUUUAGGUCAACUCAAUAGACAAGUCAUAGACUUGAGUCGGGUCAGCUCACUUCAGAUAGAAGUCAAUGUUGCAACGGUUAGCACUGUCAACCUAAUAGCAGUCUUAGGGAACUGUCCUCUUAUAAGGCGUUUAGCAUUGAUAGGUUUCAAGCAAGGCGGCUUUAGAUUUUAUCCUCGGCUUAGGACAAAUCUUUCCCGAUUAUUGAAGAGCCUGACGAAACUGAGACGUCUAGAUCUUACAAAUUCAUUAGACCAAGGAUUGUGUGAGCUGCUGUGUCCUGAACUAGUUAAACUCGAAUACCUCAAUAUAUCACGCUGUACAUUAACUCCUACAGAUGUCCUCAGUCUGGGUAAUCUCAACCAGCUGAAGCAUCUAGAUAUCUCAGGAUCCAGUGGACAAUGUACUCGUGAGCUCUCUAGUUCCCUGGUUAGUAUGACCAGCCUGGAGAUAUUAGAGAUAGUAGACCCCACUACCCUUAUCCAGGCAGAUACUGUAAACCAAACCAUCAGGGGGUGUAGAGGCUUACAAGGGUUGGUUGUAGGAGAAUCCUACUGGAAGGAAUUAAAUCUUCUCAACAUAAACCUCAAGUGGAUUAUUUCUCCGAGGUGUACACGUCCACAGGAUGAAUUGAUUGUGGAGCCUGAAAUCUGUGAUGGGUAUAUAGUACACCAGCACAUGGAGUACAUUAAAGCGGUACAAAUAUAAGUACAAACUUCAUUAUAAUCUCCAUAUCAUAUAUCUGUCCAUUAAUAUCUUCAAGCUUAUAGAGUCGAACUUUGUAUUUCCUACAUGAAAAUUUUUAUUUUUUUUAAAUGAUCAAUAUUCAGUAUGAUUUAAUAUGAUCCAAUUAUGAAAUUAUGACAGCCCCUGUUUAUCUUAAAAUCUUCUCAGAAGAUCUCAAUCUUUCUACCCCGUAUUCCUGAAAUGUUUAAAUAGUAUUAUUACAAAAUAAAUGUUAUUAUAUCAUUUA